GAAAAAAUGCCUGCCCGUGAAGCGAGGAGAGGGCACCGGGUCUGUAAAUAAGAAUGGCGGCACCUGACUUACUGGAUCCCAAAUCUGCCACUCAGAACUCCAAACCCAGGCUGUCAUUUUCCACCAAACCCACCGUGCUUGCUUCGCGGGAAGAGACUGAUACAACUAUUAAUGUUAUGAAAUGGAAGACGGUCUCAACCAUUUUUCUAGUGGUGGUUUUGUAUUUAAUUAUUGGAGCUACUGUAUUCAAAGCCCUGGAGCAGCCACAUGAAACUAACCAGAGAACAACUAUUGUGUUCCAGAAACAGAUGUUUGUAUCAGAGCAUUCUUGUGUGAAUGACACAGAACUUGAAGACCUAAUUCAGCAAGUAGUGGCAGCAAUAAAUGCAGGAGUCAAUCCAAAAGGAAAUGCGCCUACUCAAGUCAGUCAUUGGGAUUUGGGAAGUUCCUUCUUCUUUGCUGGCACUGUUAUUACUACCAUAGGAUUUGGGAACAUCUCACCACGUACAGAAGGUGGAAAGAUAUUCUGCAUCAUCUAUGCCUUACUGGGAAUUCCUCUUUUUGGUUUUCUAUUGGCUGGAGUCGGAGAUCAACUAGGGACCAUAUUUGGGAAAGGAAUUGCCAAAGUAGAGGACACUUUUGUUAAGUGGAAUGUGAGUCAGACAAAGAUCCGCAUAAUAUCAACAAUAAUAUUCAUCCUAUUUGGCUGUGUGCUGUUUGUUGCUCUCCCGGCAGUAAUCUUCAAGCACAUAGAAGGCUGGAAUACACUAGAUGCAAUUUAUUUUGUUGUUAUCACCUUAACAACUAUUGGAUUUGGUGACUAUGUCGCAGGGGGAUCAGAUAUUGAAUAUUUUGAUUUCUAUAAACCAGUGGUGUGGUUCUGGAUCCUUGUGGGCCUUGCAUAUUUUGCUGCUGUUCUGAGCAUGAUUGGCGAUUGGCUAAGAGUUAUAUCCAAAAAGACCAAGGAAGAGGUGGGAGAGUUCAGAGCUCAUGCAGCUGAAUGGACAGCCAAUGUCACUGCAGAGUUCAAAGAAACACGUAGGCGCCUGAGUGUGGAGAUUUAUGACAAGUUCCAGCGGGCUACCUCCAUCAAAAGGAAGCUGUCUGCAGAAAUGGCAGUGAAUCACAGCCAAGACCUGACUCCUUGCAAGAGAACCUUGUCUGUUAACCACCUCACCAGCGAGAAAGAUCUCUUGCCUGCCAUCACAAAGACAGACAGCAUUUACAUGAAUGGCUUGACGCCUCACUGUGCAGCUGAAGAAAUCGCUGUUAUUGAAAACAUUAAGUAG